GGGCGGCGCGGCGGUGACGGAGCGAGGAGGCCGGCUCCGAUUCAGAGCAGUCGCGUCCGGAGGGGGAAGGCAGGGCCUGGCAGCUGCGGCAGGGAACCAGGGCGGUAGCCGGGAGGGGAGAGCGGGCGCGGAGGAGCGGGGCUCGGGCCGCGCCACUGUGUGUCCGCGGGCGGCCGGGAUGGAUCACCACCAGCCCGCCAGCCGCUACCAAGUGCUUCAGAAUGAAGAUGAUCCUGCAGAGUCAACUGUUGAGGAGCCAUCCACUUCUACAGAGACUGCACAAAAUUCUCAACCAGCAGCUUUAUCUGAAGCAGAUGUUUCUCCUCCACCUUAUUGUAGUAUUGCUGUAGAAGCAGCUGCAACCUCAGAAACACAUAAUGAAUUUUAUCCUGUACCACCUCCAUAUAGCGUAGCUACCUCUCUUCCUACUUAUGAUGAAGCAGAGAAAGCCAAAGCUGCAGCAAUGGCAGCUGCUGCAGCAGAAACUGCCCAAAGACACGGCCAGUUUAGGGAGUCUAGGAGUCUGUUUGAUGAAAUAUUCCUCAGUCCACCAGAGGAAGAAGAAUAUCCACCUCGAGAUGACUUCAGUGAUGCAGAUCAACUUAGAGUUGGCAAUGAUGGCAUCUUCAUGUUGGCAUUUUUCAUGGCAUUUAUUUUCAACUGGAUUGGAUUUUGUUUAUCCUUCUGUAUAACUAACACCAUAGCAGGAAGGUAUGGUGCAAUCUGUGGAUUUGGCCUAUCGCUGAUCAAAUGGAUUCUCAUUGUACGGUUCUCAGACUACUUUACUGGAUAUUUCAAUGGACAGUACUGGCUUUGGUGGAUAUUUCUUGUACUUGGUCUCCUCCUGUUCUUCCGAGGGUUUGUCAAUUACCUUAAAGUCAGAAACAUGUCUGAAAGCAUGGCAGCUGCUCAUAGAACACGAUUUUUCUUCUUGUAUUAGAGAUUGGCUGCAGGAUCAGUAUGAAGUAACCAGCAACACAGUAUUGGAAGUCUGGGGGAAUAAAAACUGAGACACUUAGUCUAGAAAUGAUGGGUCUUUUAUUUAAGAUGGUGACAUCCACUUAGACACCUACAGAUAAAAUAUGGAAAAUAAUUACAUGUUCUGUGUUUUACAGAUCUUGAUCAAGAAAUAAAUCUAAGUGCAUGAAAUUGCAAUGUACUGUGUUUUUACUUUGUGCCAUUUUGUCAAAACUAUGCAGUAAGGUAAACUCUUAAUAAUAAUACAGGAAAUAUAUGGCAUUUAAAGAUCAGCCUAAGUUAGUGGUGUCCACACUGCAGUAUUUUAUUCUUUUCAUAGCAAUAACAUCUCUUUCAUUUUCUGAGCAGUACAGUGGCCUCUACAUAGUAAGGAAAAGUUCAGUAAACGCUGCAUGAAAACCUCUAGCAUCUAUUUGCUAAAUAAAUAAGUUAUGGUGUUGAAUAAAAUAUGUGCAGGCAUAAAACUUUUAAAACUCAGGGGUACUAAAAAAUAUAUUCAUACGUUGUAUCUGAACACAGUGGCUUUAAGGAAGAACUAGGAGAAACUGUGAUGGUUUGGUCUGUCAUCUGAGGUUGAAAUCUGGUAUGGGAUGGAAGACGGGAUUUAUGCAGCACCCACUGAUGUCAACUCAUUGACUUCAAUGGGUGCUCGGUUGGUCCCCAGACUUCUGACCUCGUCGCAGUGAGGGCUGUGGGGAAAAAAAGCUCUUCAAGAGCUGGAGAGAGUUUAUAUUUGUUCAAAUGUUUUAAAUAUUAAAUUGAAAUAAUACACUCAAAACAAAUGCCAACAAGCGUAAAUGAAUGAAUUUUAUUGAUUUAAUACAAGGAAUAAUUGCACUGGACAGAAAGUUACUUACCUGUCAGUGUUAACAACUCUAAAAUGUCAUGAUACACACAAAUCUUUCAAGAGAAAAACUAUAGAAUAUUUUUGAAAGGUAAGGGUUGUUUUUUUAAUCCUGCGCUUUCUUCUGUUAUCCUGAUUUGGAGAGUAACUGCUCCCCCCACCCCCUGCUGUAAAUCUUAACUCAAUUAUCAGUGUUGCUUACAGGUAAUCAGUCUGAUGAACUGAAGUAUGAUUCUUUCUUUAUCUUCAGACUGCAUCAACCAGACAUUCCUUUCCUUUACCAAUGUGAAAUUUCCAGAUGAUCGGUUACCCUCCAAGUUAAUAAGAUAGAAGACUACUAAAAACAGAAGACAAAGUUUUGAAGAAAAGAUACAGCUUCUAAAAUGAAUGACAGGGUGGUUUUUGCUUAAGUGCCAGUUCUGUUCAUUCUAGUAAAUAUUUAUAUUAAGUGUUUCCUUUGUUUUUGCACAUUUGCAUAUGUGCUAACUAAAGGAUAGGAUUGAAAUGAAAACAAACCAUACAUACAGUCUAAUUAUAGAGUUUAAGUACUGUCAGACUUGGUUAAUCUGUGUUGUUUGUGAAAGCUUUAAGUGGCAGUUUGUCUCAUAGCAUGUAUGUGCCAUUGUCUUGUUGAUAUGAAGUUAAAUUGAAAGUAAAAAUGGAAUACAGUAAAUGAUUCAGAUUAACCAGGUCAGACUUAUAGUUAGUUUUUUUUAUAUAAUUUAGGUUCAUCUAAUGAUUGUGCAACAUGCAACCUUUUUGUUAUAAAGUUUACUAAAACUUGCAGCUUCUGAUCAUAAUAAACCUGUAUUGAUCGGCUUUUAUGAAACUCUCUGACCAAAAUAUCAAUUGAUUUAAAAAUGAAAUACCCCUUCUAGCUCCUAUGUAAAUAACUAUGCAUAGAUUACUGUUUAGAUUGCUUCUUAGGAAUUAUGUCAAAAUUUUAUUUGUAACUACAGUAUUUUCUCAUUCACUGUAAAUUGUUUAAUCUUAAUAUGGACAAUAUAUAUACACACACUAUUUUUUUGCUAAUUUGGAUGUUAAAGUGUUAUUUUAUUUUGGGUAAUUCUAAAAGAGGGUAAAAACUUUAAAUGUCCAUCUGAACAAUUUACUUUUUUCACAGUAUGAUUUGAAUAACUAAUUUGGGCCUGAUCCUGAAAACCCUUGCUCAUAUGGAAAGUCCCAUUAAAAGGGACAGACAGCGCUACUUUCACAAGCAAGUAUUGGGACAUCAGGCCUGAUUCUGUAAUUGGAUCCAUGUAGUUGGGCCUCUACUUCUGCAUAAGUGCAAUUGCAAUCAGUUCCUUGGUUUGUAACAUUGAUAAUCUUACUUAAGAAGGUCUGUGUUAUAUAAACACAAUCUGUUUUAUUUAAAUUUCUCAAAAGGGCUUUUAUAGCUGUCUUACCAUGCUCGUUUAGAAUAAAUACUCCAAUGUUACAUAAGAAUGAAGCUGAUGAGUACAUUUUUAUUGUCACUUUGGAAAUAACUUUUUUUUCUUUAUGGUGUUUUUAUUUGUUAAGGCUGUACUAGCAAAAAUAGGAACAAUGGGCUCUUGAUAGUAUUUACUUUAAAGUAGUGGUAUUAUUCUAAAAUAUAUCAUCUCUGGAAGGGUGCAUUCUCCUGUUCAUACACAUACAUAACUACCACUAAUGUCUGUGAGACUUAUGAUUCUGACACAAUGGGAGAAUAGACCUCUUAAUUCUUUACUACAACUGGAAUCUCAGUUAAAACCAGUAAUCAAUAUAUUUUUGCAUCUUCGAAAAACAUUAUUUUCUUUUUUUGUAUUGGAGUUUUGCUUUAAUGCUAACAUUAAAAGAAUGAGAUUUAUGUUGUCUUAAGUUAGUGCUAUAUUCAAUUUUGUAUCUAUACUGAAUGUUUUAAAAAAUGCAUAUGUAAACUGGUCACAUUGUUCAUUAUUCUUAAUCUUUCAAAACUACAUAAAAGGUAAAUGAUCAUGGACUAACACUUCAGGGGUAAACUCUUCUUCUUUCCAGCCUUUCCUGAAAAAAAUAAAAUAAAAUUCAUUAUGUUUAAUAGCUGAUUUGCAUUUCCCUUUGAAUUUCAUCUGUCUUUUUUUUGCAUUCAUUGUCCUUGUGAGAGAGCGAGCGAGCAAAUAAAACAUUGUUUUGUUUUGC